CGUGUCGGCAGUCCAGUCCAGGCCGUCCACAUCACGCCGCAAUGGAGCCAAAGGCGGCGCCCAAGGCACCGGAGGCGAAGGCGUCGCUGAAGCUUCCCACGCCGGGCCUCUCGCCGAAAGCCAGCCCGUUGGGCAAGCUGCAAGUCCCUGGCGCGGCCUCGCCCUCGCGCCUCUCCACGUCUUCCACCUCCUCAGCAUGGAAAGGCGUGCGCGGCUCCAUGUUCCUGGGAGGCCUGGGCCGCAGCAACUUCUUCACGGAGAAGCAGGCGCUGGUCAUCAGCUUCGGCCAGGCCUAUACCAAGGUGGGCCUGGCGGGCGAGAGCCGGCCCCGUGCCAUCUUCCGCACCCCGGAGCUCCGCGGCCGCGAAAGGAAGGACAGCGAGGCGGACGCUGAGGUCACCCUGCCAGUGCCGCAAGAGGAAUGGGUACAGAUCCUGGACGGCUUGCUGAACAGGAUCUUCUUCCAGUACCUUCACCUCAGCCCCAAAGACCGGCGGAUCAUCGUGUGCGAGUCCGUGUAUUCAUCCACUCAGUUCAGGAAAGCGCUGGCUUUUGUACUCUUCAAGCUCUUCUCGGCCCCAUCGGUGUGCUUCGUGCUGGAGCUGGUCUUACCGCUCUACCUGACGGGUCUCCACUCGGGCUUGGUGGUGGAUUUGGGCUACGACGCCGCGCGGGUGCUGCCCACCUUCGCCGGGGUGCCUCUGCUCUCGGCCUACUCCGCGGCGGCCUGCGGGGUGCGCCGGGUCCUCCAGGGGAUCAAAGGGGCGCUGGGCUCGUUGAGCUCGGAGGAGCGGAAGGCGCUAGAGGAUGAGACGGUCCUGGAGGAUGUCUUGGUUUGCGCCUGCUACGUGAGCUGCGACUUCCCCGAGGACAGCGAAUUUGCUGCAAGCUCCUUCAGAACCGACAAGGACGCGGAGGUCCGCCUGGUUGGCCGGGACCACGGCCUCAGGGUACCUGCCGCCUGCCGCGACAUCGGGCUCUUCUUCAAGUCGGACAAAGACGCAACCCGAGAGGACGGCUGCGAGUGCGAGACGCUGCCCGAGGCCUUUGUGCGGGCUUUGGAGCUGAGCCCAGUGGAUCUCCGGAGCCAACUGGUGCAGAACAUCGUGGUGUGCGGAGGCGCGGCCAACUUGCGGGGCUUGUUGCCCCGCCUCGCCCUGGAGCUGCAGAAGGCCCUGGAGGACCACAAGGCCUUGGGCGCUUUGGCGGAGAAGCUGCGCUUCACUCCGGUGGAGUUCGCCCCCGUGAGCGCCGCCUGGACCGGGGGCGCCAUCUUCGGGGCCCUCGAGGGGGUCGCGGACUACAGUGCCGAGGAUUUCCACAAGGGCGAGCCAUUGCCCGACUGGCUGCGGAGUGGCUUCCUCUGA